AUGGCGGGGGACGAAACAAAGAGAGAAGACCGCAGCUGCUCACAGAAAGUUUGGCGCGUCAUCCUCAACAAUUUGUUGAUCAUCUUGAUGAUUAUCGCCGUGAUCAUUGGCGUGGCUUUGGGGUUAGGACUACGCGAUAUAUGGCCGCCAUAUGAGAAGAGGAAGAUAUUUUUCCUGAAGUUUCCCGGAGACUUGCUGAUGAAUAUGUUAAAGAUGUUGAUAUUACCGUUGGUUGUCUCCAGCUUGAUUUCGGCUUUGGCCACCCUGGACUCGCGAGCCUCUGGUAAGAUGGGACUUCGUUCUAUCGUGUAUUACCUCUCCACUACAUUUGUUGCCGUCGUGCUCGGAAUCAUCCUGGUUGUGUCCAUUCAGCCAGGAAAAAAGGGAAGUCAGAUAGACAAGAGCGGGUCAGCCAAAAAAGCUCAUCCUAUCGACUCGCUCAUGGAUCUCAUAAGAAACUGCUUUCCAAACAACUUAAUAACAGCUUGCUUUCGAAAGCAAGUGACAGAAGUGGACCAGUUCGAGGUUAAACCACCAGUUAUGACCACUACAACAGCUAACCCAAACAUCUCUACUACCAUGAUGCCAAAUUACACAGAAGCAGCAAGUUUUUUUGUGGAUGCCCCUUAUGUCAAUGGACAGGCUGAAGGAAUGAACGUUCUUGGUCUAGUAGUCUUCUCAAUCUUCUUCGGGUGUAUCUUACAAACCAUGGGCGACAAAGGAAAACCAUUGGUGGACUUCUUUGAAUGUCUCCACCAUGCCUCAAUGAGACUUGUGACUUUAGUUAUCUGGUACUCGCCGAUCGGUAUUAUCUUCUUAAUUGCUUCCAAGCUGGUUGCAAUGGAGAGACCGGAAGACAUAUUCGAGCAGUUGGCAUACUACAUGGCAACAGUACUAGCUGGGCUUGCUAUACACGCGUUCAUCCUUCUUCCUCUCUUCUACGGCAUCAUCGUCAGGAAAAACCCUUAUAGAUUCAUGUACAACAUGCUGAAGGCCAUAUUGACAGCUUGGGGAACCGCGUCAAGUUCGGCAACCCUACCAAUAACGAUGGAGUGUUUAGAGGAAAACAACCACGUGGACAUCCGUGUAGUCAAGUUUGUGACCCCUAUCGGUGCUACAAUCAACAUGGAUGGCACAGCCUUGUAUGAAGCGGUGGCCUCCAUAUUUAUAGCGCAAAAUAUUGGGGUUGACUUAGACAUCGGUCAAGUUAUCAUCGUAAGUCUCACAUCUACUGCUGCCGCUAUUGGUGCAGCGGGAAUACCACAGGCGGGACUCGUCACCAUGACAAUCGUUCUGUCAGCAGUGGGCUUACCAAUUGAGGAAAUAACGCUGAUUUUGGCGAUUGAUUGGUUUCUGGACCGUUUCCGAACUGCAGUAAAUGUCCUUGGGGAUUCAUAUGGAGCUGGUAUCAUAGAACAUUUGUCACGGGACGACAUAAGCGCCGCUACUGCGUAUGCUCUAGAAACUGGAACAAACGGUAACGUCACUGGAAACGGCUCUGCUGCAGUGGAAAAUCCGACAUUUAUCAAGGACGAAUAUCCGACUACCAAAAUGUGA